AUGCGCAAUCCAGUAGGUGGCGACAACGCUGCCGCAGAGCAGCUGGUCGUGCUGCGGAUGCUGCGGCUCUCAGCACGACGCAGCGCCGUUGCGGAGCUGCGCGCAGAGCAGGCCGCGAAUGUGUCCUUUCCAAAAUCCCAUCCGUCCUCCUCUAAUACGCAAGCGGAGCGCAAGGCAAUCGCAGAGGAGGAGGAGGACGAAAAUUUUACUGUGGUGGGGGCGGUGCGGUGCCCAAGCGGCGAGGCUUCUCCAAAGAAGGACUCGUGCAACGCCCACCGUCCACUGUCUUCCACUUCCAACUCAGUCGCUCACGAACCGACGCACCUUAUCGUUGAGGUGCCUCGCAGCUACAGCGACACACCGACGGAGAAAGAGAACACAUCAACGCGGGAGAAGAAGGCGGAGGUCAAGGUGGAAGAGGAGGCGUCGUUGGUGCCCGUGUCGUCCACCUCGUCUACCGCCGCCUCUCCGCCAUCGCCGCUCUCUCCGAUGCGACGCAUGAUGGCGAUGAAGGGCGUGCGCCCGAUGCAGCCGCCACGCAGCAGGGACGUCGUCCCACCCCAUCGAUCGCGCCUCAACAUCCGCAACAGCACUAGCAUCAACAACGGUGAUAAUGAUAUUCUCACCCCCCUCAGCCGCGAAGGCAGCAGUGGGGAAGGGGGAGGGGGCGAUGCAGGUCUGCCGAGCGGCAGCAGCGGCAGUGCGAGUCGUGGCAGUCGCGUGGAGGCGGCGAAGGCGUCGCUGCAGCAGCAGGUGGUGCACCGUUCGCUUUCGUCACUUGGGCUGCCCGUGUGGACGGGUGUAAGCGUGGCCGUGCAGCGGCGACGCGGCACGACACUGCUGGAGGACUCGCCGACGGUGCCGAUGAAUGCGGGGCGCGCGGCGUUUCCGUUGACCGAUGGUUUAGACAGGGCGGAGAGGGGUGCGGUGACGCUAACGGUGCCCCACGGAGAGGGCGGGGGAACGGCGAAUGGAAAAGACUCUGUCGACGUGUCAAAGCAGGACACACCGUUGAAUGGCAUUAGCACAGCGGCAGCGACAGCCACCACUCUCUCUCCUGUGGCCGCGGUGUCGUCCCUUUUAGACCUCGCAGACGUCGACGACGACGGCGGCGGACGCGACGGGCUUACCUCCCCCAUCGAGACCCGAUCCUUUGCCGAAUUUAUCCAGCGCCUGUACACCGCUCCGCUCCCCCCCGCACCCACCCCUCUCAACUACGACACCGACAGCGGCAGGGCGCCGGCCACCACGACACCAGUUAAAGCGGACGUGGGCGGCAUGCCGUGUAGGACAGUCCAGCACUUCACCCCGCUGACGGGCGCCGGCUCUCUCGCAGCGACCUCGCCCGGCGCGAGUGAGAAGUCGCUGACGGCGUCGUCGUCCCUCGCACAGCCGUUUCUUAUCCUUACCUCUCCCCCUCCCUACGCGGAAGCCGCGCCGCAGCACGCCAGCCUCGGAGCAGGGACCUUCACCACAGCGCAGCAACUCAUCGCGCACGCCCGACUGACGCAGCGGUGGACAAUUGCGGCCUCGCGCAGGUGGUACCGCUCGAACACUGACAGCACCGACAAGGAGAAUAAUAGUAACGCCGCGACGCCGCUGUCUUGCGCGGAUUUGCUGCUGCAACAGCAGCGGCAGCCGUCGUCCUUGAUGGGGUGCAAGCCGUCGGCGAGCAGCAGCAAGAGUGCCGCCGCCGCAGCGAUGCGUUCACCUUUCGUGCAGGACGGCGACUCAACGUUGGUGAGUGAUCGUGUGGACGCCGUGCUGCCGACGUGGGCGUUCCUCGCCUCCCACAUAGCCACUGCGCCGCUAAUGUCGCCCCUCGCUGGUCAGCCGCUCGGCCCGGCAGCCGAGUCGACCGCGUCGCUAUCGUUGUCGUCGCCGCCGGCGAGCCGUCGCACGCGGCAAAGCCGUAACAGCAGCUUCUGCAGCUCCGCGACGAGCGCUGCCGCUCGCGACAACGAGAGCUGGACCAAGGAGGGGCGGUUUGACCGGCAGUCCUGCCUGUUCCCGUACGACCUAGCGGAGGCGUGCGCGUUGGGACGACUGCGGCGCGGCAGUCCACCACCCCGCAGCGGAGAGGUAGGUGUGGCGGAGGGUGCGGCCGCGUCGUCGAGCUCGCUGCAUCUCCUUCGUUUAGAGUUUCUGGUGGAUGUGCAGCCGCUUCCCCCGGCCGUGUGCAACGCCUCAUCCGCAGCGCGGCAGGCGCUGCUAGAGCAGGCCCUCGAGGACUUCGCCGAGUCCGGUGUGCUGCCGACGACGGUGCUGCGCAGUGUGUUGAACGACGCGGCGCUGCGGUUGCUGUGUAGCGUGGACAACGCCGUGCUACGGCGCAUUGCGAGGGAUGGUGUGGCUGGCGCAAAGGCACAUAAUGGGAUAGAAGGCACGACGACGACGCCACUCUCAGCGGAUGCCGUGGUUGCCGCCACCGGGUCGGAGCCCACCGCUGCGCCGUGGCGUGCGGAGGCCGUGCCGUUGAGUCUGCACGUGCACACCGUACAGGGCGACUUGUCGACGGCUGCUCUUAGCUCGGCGCACUCCGCCGCGGCCUCCACGAUUUCGGAGGACGCGGACUCGCUCUGGCCCGUCAGCGUGACGGCGGCUUCUGCCGCUCCCACCCAACUGAUCAUCACCGUGCUGACGCACGUCUCGCGGACGCCUCUGUCGCCCGCCGUGGACGACGAAAGAGAAAAUCAAUCCGAGUGUCCGGCAGCUUCAACCCACCCCAACAACGCAGGCCAUCACGCAAUGACCGCGGACACCGCCCUCGCCCUCGCCCAGGCUGUGCUGGUGCACCUCUUUCCAGUGUCGUUUGCACUCUCCUACCACACCACACGACUGUCUGUCUCGAGCGUGGUGGACUACGACGCGCUCUGCAAGGUGCCGGACAAACCAGCAGCGGAGCACCUGGAGAACGCAAACGGCGAAACCAAUCCCCCUCCAGCGUCCGCGACCGCACCGCGACCGUGGACGUGGGUCGACGUCGAUCUCACAGAGCUGCGCGCGGCGUGCGGGGUGGCGGAGCGGCCGCCGCCUUUGUCGAACCUGCACGCUGUUGAAGAGCCGCUCGCUGCGCAUGACGUUGGCGGCGCCUUCCAUGGACUUCCACGCUCGGACUCGCCGGUGGCCUCGCGCACGAAAACACGCACGCGACGCUCAAAGAAGACGUCAGCGGCCUCGUCGAACGCGACGGCUCCGCCUGCCGACGGAAUGCCGGCAACGACGACCGCUGCAGCUAACGGCAUCCAUCCACAUCAAACGCACGCGCUGCAGGAUGCUCCGCCAGCGGGUGAAACGCCGCACCUCGAAGGCGGGGCGGAGGUGCAGACAACCAGUGAGGAGACGGACGAAGAGAGCGUCGAUGUGGCCGGCGUCAGCGAGGGCCAGCUGCGGUGGGACGUCGACGAGGAAACACGUGAGCUGACGACCGCGGCCGAGGCGAUGCAGCACCAACUGGGGCUGAUAUGCAGAUGCACCGAGGUGCUGCGGCAGUUUGUGGAAGGUCAGGAGGACGUGAAGGAAGCUCCGCAGGGAAGUGCGAAGGCGCAGAAGACGCGGAAGGGCAGAGCGAGGGCGGCCGUGGCAAGGCUGAAAAUGGCCGGCCGGCCGUCGUACGCGGAGGAACUGUGCGACACCAUCAAGACGACAACUGCAGGCACGACGGCGCUCUUGAUCGACGCGACACCUUACUGCGCCCUUUCUCGUGCGAAAGCCGACGACUUGGUUGCGGCCGAGGAUGAGAAGGGGGAGGAUAGUCGUAGCUUGCCAACGACGCUGCGUGAUGACGCCGCAUCGAAGGCGGGCGAGCCGUACGCGGCACAGGGCGGCAGUGGCAGCGUUCGCCCGCUUCCCUCUCUUGACGCGCCCCACACUUUAUGGUCGAGCUGGUUUGAGCCCUUCGCCGAUUAUCUCUCCAGGGAGGUCUGUGACCCGUUGGAGCAACUCGAGGCGCUUAUUUUGGAGUCCACCAGCAGCACCGUCGCGUCGCCCGUGGCAGCCACCGUCGUCUCCGUCAGCGUUGAGGAGGCCAACGGCAGCGUGAAUGACGGCGGCGCCGUGCCCACUGCCCCGCGGAACGUCGUCGGGGCGCGGGUCGUGCUGGGGGAGACACGACGACAGCGCCGAUCUGUCGCGGCAGCCGCACGACAGGCCCAGCGGCCGGGUGCUGAUGCCACAAGGCUGCAAACGGAGACAGGGAACAGUACAAAACACCUGGGAGACAGCGCUGCUACUGCUGCUGUUGCCAGUGCUGACGCGGCCUUCCCAUCGCCCCCGCUGCUGCCGUCGUUGGGACUGGCCAGGGCGAUGGUGCGGUUGUGCCACGAGAUGGCGGACGGGAGGUGCGUGUCGUGCAACUCUGUUGCACAACCGACUCGUUCGCUGGAGGGGGCAAUAGGUGGCAGCACAACAGCAGCCGCAGCGGACGAGGAGAAGGCCGAGGGAAAGACGAGGUCUGCGGACGGCGCGCACGUGUCGCACCCCUCUCCGCUCGUCUCGUUCUGUCACGCCGCCCAUCACCGCACACUCUCCACCGCGUCCGGGGCGUCGGCACGUGCGCUGGGGUCCGCCAGCGUUGCGCAGUCGCUUCAGGAGCACAUCCACGCUGUACGUGACGUGCUGCAUCGAGUGCAGACGCAGCUGGAGGCGGAGCGGCGUCGCUGGGCUACACUGCCGGAGUUACUGCCGUGCUUGGCGGCGGAAUGGAGCUCCGUGCACGAGAUUGUAGACGAGGAGGCGUCAACGCGGCGGCAGCUGCAGCUCACGUGUGCGACCCAACGCAGGAAGACGUCGAGGGACGCGGAGGCCCGACUGGCGAAGGACGCAGCCAUCGCCGAUGCCGAGGCGGCAGCUGCAGCAGCGAAGAGGGAGGAAGAAGAGGUGGGGGAAGAGGCCUCUAAAGCGGCCCCGCCACCGGCGCUCUCGUCAGCGGAAGGUAAAGGGGUUGAGGCUCCCUUGCCGAAGCCGACCGCAGCGGACCAGACGGAGACCGCACCGCCAGCGGAGACGAGCGUUGAGCACGGCGGCGCCGCGCAAGCCACAACGCAGGGUCCUCCUGCCGUCCAAUGUCCCCACAACACUGCUGCUCCUCAUAGCGCGGAGGUGACGCGGCAGGCGAGUGGCGCAGACGAGCAGGAGGCGGUGGAAGCAGAGGAUUCCGCGACGCAGGCUAUGCGCGGUGCCGCGACGGUGAAAGCCAUGAAGGAGGCCGACAAGGAGAGGGUACGCGAAGAGCCUUCGCCGCCGCAGCCACCGUCGUCCACGUCGUCUCCCACGACCCCUUCACCUGCGACGGACGCCGCAUUGCUCGAAGAGGAGGAAGAACAGACCACAACAGAGGCGGUUGCCGCUACGCGUGGGCUGGAGACGAAGACGCGGGCGGGCGACAGCAGCACCGCGUCCGUCGCCUCAGCGCAGGAGUCCGCCUCCUCCUCCUCCGCCCCCACCACGUCGGUGAGGAAGCAGGCCGUUCCUCAGCUGUCCCUUAACACGUCGGAUGUCGCUCCUCGAACCCCGCCUCGGCCGCUGCAAACCGCACCCACCAGUAGCAUCAGCAAUAGGGGAAGCAGCAAAGGCAGCACGGUGGCGACGAGCAACGAAAAGAAGCUGCGCCACCGGAACAAGCAGCAGCAGCAGCAGCAGCAGCGUCCUAACGCAGCCCGCAUCUCAGCUACGGGCACCCCUAUCACGACCUCCUCCGCCGGACUCCGAUCGCGCACUUCUUCUUCCUCCUUCGCGUUCCCCUCUUCCACAACUGGGCCCUCCAAUUCUUCUGCUGGUGUCACCGCUUCCGCAAGUAACGGCAAUCAUGGUGCGAUGCAGGUGGGGCGGCAAGCACCUCAGGACGCCUUCCAUGGUUUGCUGAACCUGCACGUGGAUGUCGCGCUGCUUCGCGAAGCCGCGCCUUUCAUCGUCCUUGGAACCGCUUUGUUUUUGCUUUUCCUCCUUUUGUAG